AUGAACACCUGUGACGCGAUCAUGGAGAGGACGAUUUUUGUUUUCAGUUUAGCUUCCAGCAGCUUCUCCCUGCGUCAGGGCAGUGAGACCAUCACUGGGCCCACAAGCUCCGCUGGACUCGGAGGAGCGAGGCUCUUCUCACGCAGUGGGCUCGGUCCCCGGAGGCCCAGUGGAGCCAGCCCGAGGCUGGAGGGCGGGGAGGCCGUCGAUCCUGACCCAGCGGCUUCCCGGGGCGCUGCCCACAGGCCCCGUGGCCAUCAGACAAGCGAGAGCCUGCCCCCACCCUCUUCACCCCGCUCCCUAAUCUUGAGCCCUUCUACCUGUGAGCAUAGCUUCAAUGAGUUGGGGUGA